UCCGUCAGUGAUCCGCAUCAUGUGGUCCCUAUUGCUAGGAAUAGCGACACUGGUGUCGUUGGGAACGGCGUGUACGCCUACUGUUACAACUGUGAGUGGCACGCAUGCUCCCUCAACGGUAUGCUCGGGUGAUUUGAUCUUCUCCGACGAAUUUGACGAGUUCAGUCUCGAGAAGUGGCAACAUGAAAUCACCCUAGCUGGUGGUGGCAACUGGGAAUUCCAGUAUUACAACAACAACCGUUCGAACACUUACGUAAGAAACGGUGCUCUAAACAUUAGGCCUACAUUCACAUCAGAUCAGUUCGGCAAUGCGUUCUUGUUCAAUGGUCACAUUAACCUCGAGGGAGGCUCUCCUGCUGAAAGAUGCACAAACCCUCAAUGGUGGGGUUGCGAACGUACUGGCUCGGCAACCAACAUUCUGAAUCCGAUCAGAAGUGCCCGCUUGCGCACUGUACAGUCAUUCAAUUUCCGAUAUGGUCGCGUCGAGGUGCGCGCAAAAAUGCCCGCCGGUGACUGGAUAUGGCCAGCCAUUUGGAUGAUGCCAGCGUACAACGCCUACGGCACUUGGCCAGCGUCCGGAGAAAUCGAUCUAGUAGAGUCGCGAGGUAACCGCGAUAUGUUACUUAACGGCGUACACAUCGGUACACAGGAAGCCGGAUCUACGCUGCAUUACGGACCCACCAUAUUCCAUAACGGAUGGGAACGCGCGCAUUGGGUCAGAAGAGACUCCCGUGGUUGGAAUAAUGACUUCCAUCGCUAUCAGUUUGAAUGGACUCCUGACUUCAUGAGAUUCAGCAUUGACGAUGUGGAACUAGGUUUCAUCGACCCAGGCAGUGGAGGAUUUUGGGAGUUCGGAGGAUUCAACCAUGCUGGUGUAGAGAAUCCCUGGCGGUACGGAUCUAAAAUGGCUCCGUUUGACGAAAAGUUCUACAUCAUAAUGAACGUGGCUGUCGGAGGCACAAAUGGAUUCUUCCCUGACGGUGUUCAAAACCCUACUCCCAAACCUUGGAACAACCUUUCUCCUCAGGCUGCAACGGACUUUUGGAUGGCACAGGGCAAUUGGAUGCCAACCUGGGACAUGAGCGAAGGAGGAGACUCUUCAAUGCAAGUAGACUACGUGCGAGUUUGGGCCUUGUAAACAGCAACGUUCAUCUACUUUGAUAUGUGUAGCACAGCUAUCGUGCAAACAAACUUAUGGAAAAUAAAGGUACAUGUAACGUUAAUAAAAUAAAAGGUA